GAGAGGGUUGCUGACAUCUUUGAAGCUCCAGCUGACAGACCACAUGGCACCCACUUUCUACCACUAUCUGCCGGUGCCCAUGGUCGAGAAGUCGGAGGAACAGGGGAGGACCGCCCGCCGGUGGUUGUCGGUGGGCGCGGUCUUGGCGCUCCUGCUCCUGGUGGUCUUGGUCACCUUGCUCAUUUACUUUGCCGGCAGAGCCAACAGCGAAGCCUGCAGGGACGGGCUGCGGGCGCGCGAAGAAUGCCGCAACACCACGAACCUGCUGCAGCGCCAGCUCACCCGCUCCCAGGACAGCCUGCUGCAAGCGGAGACGCAGGCAACAUCCUGCAAACGGACCGUGGUGACCCUUCAGGAGUCCCUGGAGAAGAAGGUGUUUCAGACCCAGCAGCAGCAGGCCCGUAUCCAGGAGCUUGAGAAUGAAGUCAUGAAGUUGAAGAAAGAGCUGGAGAAUCUGAGGAACCAGGAAACUUCUAGCACAGAACAGGAGAACUCUGGCAGCUACAUGGUGGUCUCCAGCCCAUUGAUCCUCCUGGUGACAAUGUUCCUCUUCUUUUGAGGACCCAAUAGCUAGCUAGCAGGCCACAGCCUGUUUUGAUGCGGAUACAGUUGCACCUGUUUGAGGUCACUGGGGCUCAUAGUGGCCCUGGAGGGGUCAUGGCAGCCCUGAGAAUGUAUAAACUGAUCAGUGGAGCCCAGAUUGCAUCUCCCUCCAAGCAGCCUUACGAUGGGGGUGGGGAGGCGGGGGUAGGGGUGGGGAUUCUGCUUUAU